UCAGGGCAGUUCAACGAAGACAUGAUCCCAACCGUGGGCUUCAACAUGAGGAAGAUCACCAAGGGGAACGUCACCAUAAAGCUCUGGGACAUCGGUGGGCAGCCCCGGUUCCGCAGCAUGUGGGAGCGGUACUGCCGCGGAGUGAGCGCCAUC